AGCGGCACGCAUUUCCUUUGUUCGGUUGCCGAGUAACAUCGUGUACGAUCUGUGUCCCCUGCACACCACCUGUUCGACGUGACUACCUAUGACCUACCAUGCCGACCCAUGCCGAGUCCCGAGGCCCAAGACCACGUCGAAACCGAACAAACGAUUCACAAUGUCUUCAACAUCCCGCCGUCUGACGGCCACCUGUUCCACCUGCUCGCAGACUCUUCCCCGCCACUGACGCAAACAGAAUUCUUCAACAUUAGUUUCUGCAGCGGUUAUUCGAUCAAAAAAAGAAAAAAAACCGAAAACUUUAUUAUAACGACUUCGGGGAAGUUCGCCGUCGACUGCAACAGGACCAUAACGAGGCCUGGUCUCCGUCACUGCCAACUUCGGUGUUUACGCGAUAAUACUAUGGCUUUAAAUCAUMAAAGACAUACUGAUAAAUGGUGGGAAACAGAGUACAGUGACAACAUACAUUCAUAUUUACAGUACCAUGAAGUUAAAUGGAGGAUAGUAUAUGGAGCCAGAUCGCCUCAAAUUCAUUUGCGACCUGUGUUGUUAAAAACAAUUAGAAGUAUAGCCAAGUCAUGUGAAAUUUCAAAUGUAUGUGUUCAUUUGGCUGUCACUUUGAUGGAUUUAUUUAUGGAUAACCAUGAUCUAAAGUUUGAUACUAUCAUGCUAGUCUCUUUUGCAUGCUUAACAUUAGCUGCAAAAAUUGAAGAACAUUGCUUAAAUAUACCAAAGUUAAAAACCAUGCAAAAUGUCAUUAGUAAAGAUGUAACAAAUUCCCACUUUCGUAAAGUUGAGAUGAAAAUUUUAAUGUUUUUCGAGUUCAACGUUGCAAUACCUACAGUUGCACAUUUCAUUGAAUUUUAUAAAGACCAUUUUUACUGUGAUAAUGAUUUUUAUCAUAAUGAAUUUACAAGUAUUUUAAAAGAUAAAUUCAACAGAAUGAUAAUAUCAUACCAGGAUGCAUCAUUGGAAAGCAUAAAACUAAUAUCUUAUAAUCCGUCAAUGGUUGCAGCUAGUAUUAUAUUAACUACUAGGCAUACAUUAGGAUUGGUCCCAUGUUGGACUGCACAACUACGAAAAGUGACUGGAUAUUUAAAAAAAGAUCUCGUGCAGUGUUGUUCUCUAUUAGGAAGAAAUGUAAUGCAGCACAGAAAACUUGUGCCAGUAGAUGAAGGAUACCUUAGUUCUUCUCCAGGUUUUCAAUCUCCAAUUAUCAUGGCAAGUAAAAAGAAAAGAAGUCACAUUGAUGUACCAAAUGUAAUUUUAUCAAAACGAACAGCAUUCUAAAAUUUUUACAACUGUGAUAAGUUAUCCUAUAAUUAUUCCUAUUUUCCUAGUUGUGUCAUUUCACAAUGCCUAUCCUAAGUUAUUUAUUUGUUUCUAUUUAAAAGUAUAUUGUGAUAUUUAUUCAUAAAGCUCAAUUUAUUUUAUGA